UAUACUCAUAGACAGGACUGAGAAACAUGAGAACAAGCAUGGUCUAGGAGACAGACGGGAGCAGAAAAUAUGGAACUUAUUCACUUCAACAACACUUUCAGUGUUUAAAAAGACAUGUUGGAGAAGGACUACCCACACAGUGAUGUGCCUCUGAAGCUGAUCACCCUUCACUGAUUCCUACAGGAAAACCUUUUUUUUUAAUAAGUAAACCGGCUGCCAAGGAAAACGUUUGGACAAGUUGAUGAUACUUUUAAAACAUUUAGACUUGAGCUUAAAGUGACACUAUAGUGGCAGAAAUGACUUACGCCACAGGUCUCCGUUGGCUGUUCCUCCUGUCUGUUAUAAUUCUGACCAUUGGAGGUAAUGUACUUGUAUGCUUGGCAGUGGGUCUCAGGCGACGAUUGUGGCGAACAGCUAACUGCUUUGUAGUGUCCCUGGCAGUUGCGGAUCUUCUUCUUGGUGUGUUGGUACUCCCCUUGUCUGCCACGCUGGAGCUGCGCAGCAGGAAAUGGCCUUUUGGAGGAACUUUGUGUAACAUCUACAUCUCAAUGGAUGUCAUGCUGUGUACAUGCUCCAUCCUGACCCUCUUGGCAAUCAGUGUGAACCGGUACCUGGCCAUUUCGUCUCCCCUCAGCCACUCUCAAAGAGUCACCCCUCGGAGGGUGACAUUCACCAUCAUAUCCAUUUGGGUUCUGUCAUUGACUUUCGCCUUUAUGCCCAUCCAUCUUGGCUGGAAUACAGCAGACUACAGAGUACAGAAUUUGGACUGGGAAUUUGGGGAUGAGGGGACUGAUAAAGGACUGUACUGUCAGUUUGAGUGGAAUAACAACUAUGUUCUUAUUUAUGCCUUUGGCUCUUUUUACUUGCCACUGCUGGUUAUGUGUGUAAUGUACUUUUGCAUUUUCCGAGUCGCACGAGAACAGGUUAGACGUAUCCGUGCUACCACCCCAUCAUUUGCACGCUCUGCAACUGCUGCCAUAGCCCGUGAGCACAAGGCUACAGUCACCCUGGCAGCUGUACUUGGUGCAUUUAUUAUUUGCUGGUUUCCCUACUUCACCUAUUUCACCUGGAUGGGUGUAAAGGAAAAAACAAACCCCCCUAAUACGCUCCAUUCAAUUGUCCUGUGGCUCGGAUAUUUGAACUCAACUCUUAAUCCAAUUCUCUAUCCAGCAUUUAAUAGGGAUUUCCGACAAGCCUAUGGAGAGCUGCUUCGCUGUCGAAGACCAUCAAGCAGAAUAUUGGGGCUUUCACAUGUGGCUCUGCACAAACGAUUGACCUUUUUCAAUUUGCCAAGGCUGUCCCAAAAUUCCAAGAAUAAUACGAAGGUUAUGAUUGAAGAUGAGAAGAAACUAUCCUGUAAAGAGACAUGCUGCUCUGAUUAGUCAUUAUGAAUAUUAUUGUGAUGAAUCUAUCUGACUGACACACUCGUAGAUCUAAAUGUCGUAGAUCUAAAUCUGCUAAGCAGCUGUAGCUCAAUUGCCUCUUCAUGAAGCAGCUAUUGAGCUUAUUCUUUUAAAGAGCUUAUAAUUUAAGAACAGCAACAGAAAUCUUUCAUAAGGGAUUGUAGGUAAAUGUAAAUUUGACUCCAAAGUUUAAGGGCUUCUUUGAAAAAUCUUUUUCAUCUUUGUAUUUAUUUCUGU